AUGGCGCAAUUACAGCAACGGGUUGCCGCUUUCUGGUGUGCCCUGGUCUUGCUUCAACAAUUUGAUAUCAUUCUGACAAUGAACAUAAUUAACAUGCGCAGGGAUGAAAGAGUCAAAGGUAAAGCGUAUAAAUCUGGAACUAAAUCAUUCAAAGACCGAAUCAAUGACUUUAAAAGAACGGUUGAUAAGAACAAUAUGGCGGGUGUGAAAUGGGAGGAGAUCAGAAGCAAAAUAGGCGCAAUCAUCAAAGAGCGAAGUCAAUCUGCUAUAGCUGGGGAAACGGUUGGUGACGCGACAGUGCAUAUUCCGUUUAAUAUGCCAUCGUUAGACCAGGGAAUUUCCGUCGACACUUCGAAUGAUGUAAAACUAGAUACCACUAGAAUUUAUUUGCCCAAUAACAGUACAGAUCGCGAUCGUAGAGCGAUAAAUGACAUCGAUGAGUUUGGUGUCAUGAACGCAAUUAAAACAACAGCUCAUUAUCAUCCCAGAGCAGGAUGCGAAAGUGACAAGAAAAAUUAUGGACUGGAUCCCGUCGUGUAAUUCGAACGCCAAUGAAUCUUCAGUUAAAACAUUUUGGAAACAAAGAUCGAUGCUAUACCCGAUGUACCUAACUAUCUCAGCGGUGGUUUAUUCUUUAAUCGAAUGCCAAACCAUGAUGGAGGGGCGUGUAAGAGAGUUGUUGCAAAUAAUCGACUCUGAUGACGUCAUCUCUUUUCUUGAGGUAAUAAACUCUGAUGAUCUGACCUCUAUGCACAACGGUACAAGAAAUGACGACAUUGGCGUUCCUGGAAACGACAUGGUGGAUCCGGAAGGUCCAGAAAAUGCCCGUGAAUAUGCUGCCUUAAAUAUCAUGGCAUAUAACUUUGGAAAAUUACAAGACAUGAGUGAUAUUUUUGACCACUUAAAUGAGUCUAAUCCCGACGAGGUUUUGCAAUUCUCGAAUGCGAGCUUUGACGAUCUAGAUGACAUUAUAACGGAGCAUGAUAUAAUUUCGGCUAUGUUAAAUGACCACGAAACAAUUGAACGAUCUCGAAAGAAACGACAAGCAAACCUACAACGAGAAUACUCCGAUGCCAUUCCAGAAGUGAAUAAAUGA